AUGAAGGGAGAGAAAACCAAUGAAUCAGAAGUUUUUACUGCGAGAAGCGAUGGUGAAGCUAUUAACUAUGGUUUUGAAGAAACCCACAUUAACAAGGAUACGGCAGAUUUAGAGAGUGGAGACUCCAUAUUAGCAAGAAAAAUGUUCUUAGUGAAUAAUACUAUAGACGAAAUUGGCUUCACAAGUUUCCAUGCUAAGCUCUUCGUUUUGGCUGGAUUUGGAUAUUCGGCAGAUUCUCAAAUUUGUUUAGUUCAAGGUUCUGUAGCGACCUAUGUGAACUAUCAAUUUGGUAGAGUGUAUCCUUACUCAACUGAGAUACUCUACGUAGGAUUGCUAUUUGGUGCUCUAUUUUGGGGUUUUGGUGCUGACAUUAUUGGAAGAAGAAAAAUAUUCAAUGUGUCAUUGUUGCUAGGAUGCGUCUUCGGAUUCUUGACGGGUGGAAUGAAUUCAUUUGCAACUUAUGGCAUAUUUUUAAGUUUUUGCAGUUUUUCUGUUGGAGGGAAUUUGGCUUUGGAUGUAACGGUCUUCUUAGAAUUCUUACCAUUUAAGUGGCAAUGGCUUACCACAUUGUUUGCCUGUUGGUGGGGAGUUGGACAAACAAUUGCAACAUUAGUGGCUUGGGCAUUUUUACCUAAUUCUCACUGCGAGUCAAACGAUGAUUGCCCGUCUCGUUUGAAUCGUGGUUGGAGAUAUUGCUGGUAUACUAAUUCAGGAAUUGUUCUUGCUUGUGCUUUAGCGAGACUCUUUCUCUUCAAAAUGUAUGAGUCACCAAAAUAUCUUGUAUCAAAUGGAAGAGACAGAGAAGCAGUUGAGGUAUUACAACAAAUAGCAAAGAAAUACAAUAGAAAGUGCACAUUGUCAAUUGAGCAACUACAGGAAUGUGGAAACAGCUACAAAGUGGAAGAAACGAAACAUAAAUUAUCAUUUAAAAAAGUUGUAAAAGUUAUGAAAAGCCAUCUAGCAUUAUUAUUUCAAAAUAGAGUUGUUGCUAGAUCAACAACGAUUAUGUUCAUUUCCUGGUUUCUUAUAGGCAUUACAUAUGCAACUUACUCAAAUUUUAUAUAUUCCUAUAUUGAGGCAAGAGGAGGAAGUACUGGCUCCUCUGUAUUUAAUACUUAUAGAGAUUCCUCGAUUGCCCUUUUUGUCAGUAUAUUCGGCCCAAUUAUUGCAGGUUUGUUGAUAUUGAUACCACGCGUUGGCCGAAAAGGUACUUUGGUAAUCGGUGGGGUGGCAUCUAUGUGUUUUUUAUUCGGUUACACAACAGUUCGAACAGAGCUGGCUAACCUUGGUUUCUCAUCGGCUUCAUAUCUUGCUAUUAAUGUCUACUAUGGAUGUUUGUAUGCAUACACACCUGAGGUGCUUCCAGCAGCCGCAAGAACCACAGGCGCUGGUAUUGCAUUGGCUAUGAACAGAAUUGCGGGCACUAUUGCACCCAUUAUUGCAUACUACGGGAACACUGCUUCUGCUAUUCCCAUAUGGGUUUGUGGUGCUUGUGUUGGCGCAAUUGGCCUAGCAGCUCUCGCACUUCCCUUUGAGCCUUCUAAUAAAAGAUCUGUUUAA